AUUUUGGGUGCGCAUAUGCUUUGAGUAUAUCUUUUUAUCCCUUUUGUCCAUUUUAUUUAUAUUUUAAAACCCCUUUUUUCUGUUUUUCUUUCUAUAGACCGUUAUCAAUGGCAGCUCAGUUCUCUCCGGUACUCAAUCACAAAAACCACUUCAUCAUCUCCUCCUCAAACCAUUCCAACACUCAUUCUCAUUACUUUCUUCGCCUCACAAAAUCCCCAUUCCCUUUCUCUUUCUCCAACUCCGGUUCCUCGUCAUCGUUAUCGUCUUCGCUCUCUCGUUUUCCGAUCACCCGAGUAACCACCGCGCCGGUUGAGUUCGCGGCGCCACCUCCUCCUGAGUUUGACCUUCGCCGAGAAAUUUCACGCCUUAAGGCUCUUCGUUCCAGGCUCUCGAGUUCUAGAAGCUUCAGCCAGAAGCUAAGGGUCGUGGAUAGAGACAGGAGAGUCAAUGACUUCUUUAAUUCCAGCAGGAAUGGGUUUUCGAGGGUUUUAGCUUCGGUGAAUUUGAGUUCCUAUGAGUUGUUCUUGCUUAAGUGUUUGGUUGCGUCCGGGCAGGAGCACGUGCUUAGCUUCGGGUUUGAGUUUGAGGAUGGCGAAUUGGAGUCGACGAGGAGCUCCAUCAAGAGUGCGCUCUAUGCUCUGGUUGGGAUGAUUGAGAAAUUGGAUGUUAAUGGCGGUAAAGUUGAUGAGAACAAGCUUGGUUUGACGUUGGGUGAUGAAGACUUUGUCGACUUGAAGAAACUGUUAAAACAUUUGGGAGACGUUGAAGAGUUUUAUGACAGCAUUGGAGGAAUUAUUGGAUAUCAAUUAACAGUUUUGGAGCUUCUUGCCCAGACAAGAGCUGAAUCACAACCUACAAAAAGGUCCAAACACAAACAUGAACAGAUGGAAUGCCAGCUUUUGGAAAUUCAUUCUCCUGAUGGAGUGGAUCUUUCUCAAAAUACAGAGUAUGCAUCACAGGCUGCUUUAUGGGGAAUUGAGGGUUUGCCAUACCUAGGUGAAAUUUAUCCUUUGGGAGGCGCUGCAGACCGGCUUGGCUUUGUUGAUCCUGACACAGGAGAAUGUCUUCCUGCUGCAAUGCUUCCUUAUGGUGGACGGACUUUGUUAGAAGGUUUAAUAAGAGAUCUUCAGGCAAGAGAGUUUUUGUACUACAAGAUUUAUGGGAAACAGUGCAUCACCCCUGUUGCAAUCAUGACAAGUUCUGCAAAGAAUAACCAUGAUCACAUCACUUCUCUUUGUGAAAGGCUUGGAUGGUUUGGAAGAGGUCAAUCAAGUUUCCAACUUUUUGAACAGCCUCUUGUUCCAGCUGUUAGUGCUGAAGAUGGCCAAUGGUUGGUUAGCAAAACUUUUUCAGUUGUACGCAAACCGGGUGGUCAUGGUGUAAUAUGGAAACUUGCAUAUGACAAAGGCAUUUUCAAAUGGUUCUAUGAUCACGGAAGAAAAGGAGCAACUGUUCGACAAGUCAGUAAUGUUGUCGCAGCCACAGAUUUGACCCUCUUGGCACUAGCAGGGAUUGGUUUACAUGAAGGAAAGAAAUUGGGCUUUGCAUCCUGUAAGCGGAACUUGGAAGCUACAGAAGGAAUUAAUGUUCUUAUUGAGAAGAAAAAUAUUGAUGGGAAGUGGGCCUAUGGUUUAUCUUGCAUUGAAUAUACAGAGUUUGACAAGUUUGGGAUUGCAGAUGGACAUCUUUCUACUAAUAGGUUGCAGGCUGAGUUUCCUGCAAAUACAAACAUCUUGUAUGUGGAUCUACUUUCUGCAGAAUCAGUUGGAUCAAGUAAUAACAGUAACAGUUUACCUGGCAUGGUGCUCAAUACAAAAAAGCGAAUCUCAUUUGUAGACUAUUUUGGGAAACCACACAGUGUCUUGGGUGGUAGGCUGGAAUGCACGAUGCAAAAUAUUGCUGAUAACUUUUUCAACACCUUUCCUUCUCGCUGUUUUAAGGAUGUGGAAGAUAAACUUGACUCCUUUAUUGUGUUUAAUGAAAGAAGAAGAGUUACAUCAUCUGCUAAGAAGCAAAGAAAACUUGCGAACAAAAAUUUACACCAGACUCCAGAUGGUUCGCUGCUGGAUAUCUUAAGAAACUCAUGUGAUAUUCUUUCUCAAUGUGAUAUUGAAAUUCCUGAGAUUGAAGGUAAUGAGAAAUAUAUUUCUGGACCACCAUUUCUCAUUCUUCUGCACCCUGCUCUUGGUCCACUCUGGGAGGUCACAAGGCAAAAGUUCAAUGGAGGUUCUGUAUCCAAGGGCUCUGAGUUAAAAGUAGAGGUUGCAGAAUUCCUGUGGAGGAAUGUUCGGCUUGAUGGAAGCCUGAUUAUAGAGGCUGACAGCAUUAUGGGCUCAAAUAGGAUUGAUGAUAAUGGAGAACAUAUCCUGCAAUAUGGGCUCAGUUGUGGAAGAUGUAGAUUAGAGAACGUUAAAGUACAGAAUCACGGAGUCAACUGGAAUUGUGGACACAAUGUAUAUUGGAAGCAUGAUGUUCAACGGUUUGAGUCAUGUAAGAUUGUAUUGCACGGAAAUGCUGAAUUUGAGGCUAGAGAUGUCACCAUAGAGGGAAAUCAUAUAUUUGAAGUUCCAAAUGGGUACAAAUUGAAGAUCACAUCAGGUAUGGCCGUUCAAUUAGAACCUAUUGAUAAGAGUAUGAUGGAAAGUGGAAGCUGGUAUUGGAAAUACAAGAUAAAGGGAUCGCACAUUAAGUUGGAAUUAAUAGAAUUUUGAAGUAGUAAUCCAUAACUCUCAACCCCAGACGUGAAUCCUGGUUCACAGACGGCGCGAAUCGCAUCUCACCCUCAUAAAAUGGCCAAGCUGUUGAGAUUCGAUUGGUUAAACACAAGUUGAACCAAAUCUCUCAUCGUCGUAUUGCCCCAUUAUUGGUGCAUUUUAAUUUCAAGAGCUCUUCUAAGGUUGUUACUUGUGUAAACUAUAUUAUUAUUUAUGGUAUGCAAGCAAUAAAAGAACACUCUAAUUUUCUUUUGAUCA